AUGCUAGAUCAAAACAUCAUAACUCCCUCAAACUCACCAUGGUCCUCUCCUAUUUGGGUCGUUCCCAAAAAAUUAGACGCAUCAGGGGAACGUAAAUGGCGUGUCGUGAUUGACUACCGUAAACUCAAUGACGUCACCAUCGGGGAAACAUACCCUAUUCCUCAAAUAACUGAAAUCCUUGACCAAUUGGGGAAAUGCCAAUACUUCACUACUCUGGAUCUUGCAUCAGGAUUCCAUCAAAUCCCUGUAUCAUCUGAAGAUGCACCUAAGACUGCCUUCUCAGUACCUCAAGGUCACUUCCAGUUCACUAGAAUGCCCUUUGGCCUUAAAAACGCUCCAGCUACCUUCCAAAAACUCAUGAAUACAUGCCUCUCUGGCCUCCAAGGCUCCCGCUGUUUCGUUUACCUCGACGACAUAGUUGUCUAUUCUCACGAUCUUAACUCUCAUAUACAAAAUCUUGCCUCUGUCUUCAGUAGAUUAAGAAACUAUAAUCUUAAGCUUCAACCCGACAAAUGUGAAUUCCUAUGUAAAGAAGUCGCUUAUCUGGGACAUCUCAUCAACAACGAUGGCGUAAAACCAAACCCAGAGAAAUUAAAAGCAAUCUCCGAAUUCCCUGUUCCCAAAUGUGCUAAAGACAUAAAAUCCUUCCUGGGACUGGUCUCUUACUAUAGACGGUUCAUUCCCGACUUCUCCAAAUUAGCCAAACCUCUUACCUCACUCCUUAAAAAGGAUACUCCUUUCUGCUGGAAAAAUGAACAGCAAUUAGCCUUCGAAGUACUUAAGAAAAAACUUACCACUUCACCAGUUCUGGCAUAUCCAGAUUUCUCAAAACCUUUUAUACUAACUUGCGACGCUUCUAGUUUCGCUAUUUCAGCAAUCCUAUCCCAGGGAAAAAUAGGAAAAGACCGUCCUAUAGCCUUCGCUUCCCGCACUUUAAACAAAGCAGAGUGCAAUUAUAGCGUGACUGAAAAAGAGUGUCUCGCUAUCGUUUUCGGAACCAAAGCAUUUCGUCCUUAUCUCAAUGGACGCACUUUUACCAUCGUCACGGACCAUAAGCCUCUACAAUGGCUGUUCAGUUGCAAAGACCCAGGAUCCAGACUAAUCCGUUGGCGACUCAAACUUGAAGAAUUCGACUAUAUCAUCGUCCAUAAAAAGGGUAAAAUUAACACCAACGCUGACGCUCUCUCCAGAUUUCCUGUUAAUCCCAUUCAACACCCAGAGUCCCAAGUGGAAAAUCAUUCCCCUCCUUCAUUCGACCAUAUCACACCCGAAGAAUUAGAAAGACAGCUCCCUUCUAUACCUAAUCCCGAUAGCAAUGAAACACCUUUAAUUGACCUCCUCGAAGAUCUCGAAAUUCCCCUAAAUAAUAGUCCUAUCCUACAGCCAACUAAUAACACUAAUCCUAAUCCUUCUAGUUCAGUAGAUCCUCAACCCUCUACAACCGAUCAAAUAUUUGACUUUGACGAUUUCAUUCUCCGAGACCUAGAUGCUUACGGUGACGAUCUCAAUAUUAACACUGAUUCACUUAAUCUGCCUACACCUCCACCUGAAAAUCUACCAAUUCCGCCAAACCAACUUCCAACUCCCUUCCGUCACUCGCCGAUACCUGAAACGUCACCUGUCCCGUCGAAUCAACCAAAUUUACUAUCUUCAACUGUUCCCACACCUGAACCAGAAAAUGAAAAAGUAAACGAGACGCAAAACAAUAACUAUUCCCAAUUCCUAAAAUCCAUCUCAAAUAAAGAAUUUAUACCAAACACCACCUUAAAAGAACACAACGAAAACCUGUUAAAAUCAUCCUUUAAAACAAUUAUAAUUCCUACCUCUAUUGACCUAGACGAAUCAAAUCCCUACAUCUCCGAAAUCCUAUCAAAUUUAGAAAACAAAGAGGAAAUUAUAAAAGCUGAAAAAGAAUUAUUUUCAUUCCAAAAGUUACAAUACUUAGAUAAAACAAUAUAUUUUAUAUUCACGAAGGUCCAUUACUUCGACGAAACACCCUAUCCUGCAAUAUAUGAAACACUGCAACGAAUAAAAAACAAAAUCCUUCAAACAAAUGACGUAACAGACAUCGCAAUAUCUGACUUCCGGAACCCUUUCGACAGACUUUCCCACUCCAAAAUCUAUAAUAUACUUACCUACAUAUUCAACAACUCUAAAAUCUCUAUCCAUAUUUAUCGUAAUCAAAUAAUAUACCCUACUCUAAGUGAAAGACCAAAAAUCCUUCGGGAUAACCACGAUAUCCCAAUAGCAGGACAUCUAGGUUCAACCCGGAUGUAUAAUAGGAUUCAGGACCAAUAUUAUUGGAAAGGAAUGAGAAGUGACAUAGAAGACUAUGUCAAGAAGUGCAAAGCCUGUCAAGAAAAUAAAGCUCUCAGGAAAAUAAACAAAGCCCCUAUGGAAAUCACUACUACAUCCACUGCUCCCUUUCAACGCGUAGCUCUAGAUAUCGUAGGACCUCUACCCGAAUCCGGAACCGCUAAACUCCGCUAUAUACUCACCUUACAAGACGACCUAACAAAGUACUCUGUAGCAUAUCCCAUACGUAGCACGACAGCCGAAGAAACCAGCGAUUGCCUCAUCCACUUCAUCUCCUUAUUUGGAAUACCCAAAUCAAUCCUAACAGACCAAGGGACAAAUUUCACAUCCGACCUCUUCAAAACUACAUGCCAAUUCCUAAAAAUCAAGCAGUUAUGGUCUUCACCCUAUCAUCCACAAACUCAAGGAGCACUAGAACGCAGCCAUUCCACUCUCAAAGAAUAUCUAAAAUCAUUCGUCAACACAAAUCAAAAUAAUUGGCCCACUUACGUCUACACCGCUAUACUUACAUACAAUACCACUCCACAUACCACUACAAAAUUCACUCCUUAUGAGCUAGUCUUUGGACAAAAACCCUACAUUCCCAAUUCUAUAUAUGAAAGAAGCUCCGGAAUAACCUAUUCCGACUAUAUUAAAAUGUUACAACACAAAAUCAAAUAUACACGAGAAAUGGCCGUAGAAAACAUUUUAAAAUCUAAAGAAUCCUCCAAAGCUUAUUAUGACUCUCACACCAGAACUCCUCCCCAAUAUAAAUCUGGCGAUUACGUUUACCUCAAAAACCAUUUAAGACAAGAAAAGGCACUCUCACCCGUCUGGAAAGGACCUUUUAAAAUAAUUCGUGUCCACAACAACCAUACGGCCACACUAUUAAUUAAUAGACGUCACGUAACUCAUCACUUCGACGAAUUCAAACCGGCUGAAAUGUCCGGAAUAAUUUAA